GCGUUUCACGGGGAUAAAGUGUACUCGUAGGACAUAAAUACGGAAUUAAUGAUGUGUAUUGGAAAUUGUUGACAUGAUUGUGAAACUACUUUGUCCAAGCUAAAUGUUUAAGAAGCAGGCUAAUUUAAGCAGCCAUAAUGGAACAAAACGGCUAUCCAAGAGCCAAUUUUACUCAAGGUUCAAAAAUAUUCUGGCCGAACGGGACAGACCUUAUGCAGACGAGAGCACGGCUGAACGGACACGGUGGGAAAUAUGCGAAAUCUGUAGCUGCCAAACGACAGAAAAAAUCUGGAAACACUGUUCGGCCGAAGAGAGCACUUCUAUGCCUCUCUCUUGGCAAUCCGAUUCGAAGUGCUGCCAUAAAUCUCGUGGAAUGGAAGCCUUUCGAUGUAAUGAUUCUGAUCACAAUUUUCGCAAAUUGUGCCGCUCUGGCCGCGUUUGAGCCUCUUCCAGAAAAAGAUAGCAGCGAAAUCAAUGACAACCUGGAAGUGGCAGAAUAUGUGUUUUUAGCAGUUUUCACAAUGGAAGCUGUGCUCAAGAUAAUAGCUUAUGGAUUUCUUUUCCACCCGGGAGCAUAUCUUCGAAAUGGAUGGAAUAUUUUAGAUUUUGUAAUUGUUGUAGUAGGAUUGGCAACUAUUUUAGUAAAAGCAACUCUGAGUUCAGGAAGUUUUGAUGUGAAAGCUCUAAGGGCUUUCAGAGUCUUACGGCCUUUACGACUGGUGUCUGGUGUUCCAAGUUUACAAGUUGUAUUAAAUUCAAUUAUCAAGGCCCUGAUACCUCUCUUCCACAUUGCCUUGCUGGUAGUUUUUGUUGUGAUUAUUUAUGCAAUUAUUGGCGUGGAGUUGUUUAUGGGUCGCCUGCACAAGACAUGCUAUGAUAACGUAACAGGUGCAGAAUCCUUUGAAGAGCCUCACCCAUGUAGCUCUGGUAGUUCAGGAUUUCAGUGCGAUAAAGCUGCAGGCCAGGUCUGUGAGGGAGGCUGGAAAGGACCUAAUCAUGGAAUUACAAAUUUUGAUAAUAUUGGCUUGGCCUGUAUGACUGUGUUCCAGUGUAUUACACUUGAGGGUUGGACUGAUGUUUUAUACUGGAUAAAUGAUGCAGUAGGAAACUCUUGGCCUUGGGUAUACUUUGUUACCCUGAUCAUUUGGGGAUCCUUCUUCGUACUCAACUUAGUUCUUGGUGUACUUAGUGGAGAAUUUGCCAAAGAAAAGGCGAGAGCACAGAAGAGUGGUGAAUUCCAAAAGUUUAGAGAAAAGCAGCAAGUCGAAGAUGCUUACAAUGGCUACCUCGAUUGGAUUACACAAGCUGAGGACAUUGAAGGCGACAGUGAAAGCGAAAGUGGUGACGAGUCAAAAGCUUCCAAAAAGACUUCAUCAAGACAAUCCAGAACUGAAGACAUUGAAAUGAUCGAUAGAAAUGAGAGACAAGACAGUAUUUCCCAACAUGAUACGCACCACUAUGGUUGGUGUCACAACGAAAAGAAAGUGUUAAAAAAGUGGCAUCACCGCGCCAGACGGGAGCUGCGCAAAGCAGUGAAAACACAAGCUUUCUACUGGAUUGUCAUAGUAGUCGUAUUUUUAAACUCAUUGACGCUAGCAUUGGAACAUUAUGAUCAACCUGACUUUUUAACCAAAUUUUUAGAUAUAGCAAAUAAGUUAUUUUUAGGAAUAUUUACUAUUGAGAUGAUAGUCAAGAUGUACUGUCUAGGAUUUCACGGCUACUUCGCGUCACUUUUUAACAGAUUUGAUUGCCUGGUUGUAAUUAGUAGUUUGUUAGAGUUGGCAAUCACGGAAGCGUUGAAGCAGCCUCCCAUUGGAAUCAGUGUUCUGCGAUGUAUUCGUCUGCUUAGGAUUUUCAAAGUAACCAGAUACUGGAGCUCACUAAGCAACUUAGUGGCGUCACUGUUGAACAGCAUGAGGUCCAUAGCGGGUCUUCUGUUGCUGCUUUCUCUAUUUAUGCUCAUUUGUUCACUGCUUGGAAUGCAGAUCUUUGGUGGAAAAUUCAAUAUAGACGAUGACGAAAUUCCUCGCAGUAACUUCGAUUCCUUUUGGAGGGCACUCAUAACAGUUUUCCAGAUUCUCACAGGCGAGGACUGGAACGCCGUUAUGUAUGAUGGUAUCCGUGCAUGGGGUGGCAUUGGAGAAGGCGGUUCAGCGAUUGCCAUUUUGUAUUUUAUAUUCCUCGUUGUCGUUGGCAACUACAUUCUUCUGAAUGUGUUCUUGGCCAUUGCCGUCGACAAUCUUGCCGACGCUGAAAACUUAACAGAAAUGGAAGAAGAGAAGAAAAAGAAGAAGGAGAAAGCCAGGGAAAAGGAAGCCCUAAAAAUGAAAGGUUCCGUGGAUUCGCAAAGCAGGAUUGACCAGGAUGGUGCUAUUGUACCCAAUCACAGUUCAGCAUCACGGUCAAAUGUAACACUAGACAAAUCAACACAAGAACUUCAUUCCACGGGAACUCUCAACGGAAAUGGUGUUGCAAGAACAGCUUCACACGACGAUGUUGAAGCCCAAUCUACCGACAUUUCCGAGAUUGGAGGAUCAAAAUCUGCCGUCAGUAACAACAAUGAAAGUGCUAGUGCUAGCUCAAGUGACGAUAUCGACAGGGCACCAAUGCCGCCAGAGUCAGCUUUAUUCAUUUUCUCUCCUACUAACAUAUUCCGUGUCGUUUGCUACAAGAUCGCCACCAACACAUACUUUGUUAAUUUUAUUUUAUGCCUCAUUAUUGUGAGUAGUAUUCUGCUGGCGGCUGAGGAUCCACUCAAUGCUAGCGCAAAGAGAAAUCAGGUUCUCAAUUAUUUUGAUUAUUUCUUUACAUCCGUCUUCACUUUUGAGAUCCUCGUCAAGUUUAUUUCCUAUGGUCUUAUCCUUCACAAGGGAUCAUUCUGCCGCAGUGCGUUCAAUCUAUUGGACUUAUUAGUCGUAUCCGUUUCUGUAAUUUCAAUAAGCCUCAGGACUUCCCAGUUUUCUGUUGUCAGAAUUCUCAGGGUUCUCCGAGUGUUAAGACCUUUGAGGGCGAUUAACAGAGCGAAAGGACUCAAGGAUAUUUUAUUAGGAGUAGUCGGCAGCUUGGGAAACUAUAUCGAUUUCAAAGGACCUGGAUUAUCAAACCCAGUGGUUAAAGAGAGAGAGUGGAGGAGGCAUGACUUCAACUUUGACAAUGUUGGCAACGCCAUGUUGACGCUAUUUACCGUGAUGACCUUCGAAGGGUGGCCGGGGAUUUUGGAGAAUUCUAUCGACUCCACUGAAGUAGACAAGGGUCCGAAUCAGAAGAACCGGCCAUGGGUAGCCAUUUAUUACAUUAUCUACAUCAUCAUCAUUGCCUUCUUUAUGGUCAAUAUCUUCGUUGGUUUUGUGAUCGUCACAUUUCAGAGCGAAGGCGAGGAGGAGUUCAAAGGGUGUGAACUGGACAAGAAUCAGCGUCAGUGUAUAGAAUUUGCACUGAAAGCCAAACCGCUGAAACGUUACAUACCUGAAAAUCGCCUUCAGUUCCAUAUAUGGCGCGUGGUGACGUCACAAGCCUUUGAAUAUCUGAUAUUCGCGUUUAUUGUGUGCAACACAGUUGUUUUAAUGAUGCAGUAUUAUCAAGAACCAAAACUUUACACCAGAGUAUUGGACGGCUUCAACAUCGGUUUCACAGCAGUUUUUCUUCUGGAGUGUAUACUGAAGCUCAUCGCUUUUAAACCAAAGAAUUAUUUUACAGACAGAUGGAAUCUUUUUGACUUCAUCAUUGUGGUCGGCAGCAUUAUUGAUAUCACAAUGAAUGAAGUUUCGGAUGUUUUCAGGAGACAUCGUGGUAUUUCGGAGCUGGAGAUAGCACUGGAUAGUGGCUCCGAUGGGCGUAUUCAGAGAAUUAGUGAGCAAAUGUUUGCUUUUGGUUUCUUCCGUUUGUUUCGAGCCCUGCGUCUCGUCAAGCUGCUCAACCAAGGGUCUGGGAUCAAGACUCUCCUUUGGACCUUUAUCAAGUCAUUUCAAGCUCUUCCCUAUGUGGCUCUUCUUAUUGUUAUGAUGUUCUUCAUCUAUGCUGUGAUUGGGAUGCAGAUGUUCGGUCGUAUUGCUAUUAACUCCGACACGGCGAUCAACAGAAACAACAACUUUCAGACAUUUCCUCAGUCCCUUAUGGUACUUUUCAGGUCCGCAACGGGUGAAAACUGGCAACAGAUAAUGUUGGCGUGUACGCAUCGUGAUGAUGUCAAGUGUGACCAGAACGCUGACCCGCAGGAGCCAUCUGGGUUAUGUGGCUCAGACUUCGCUUAUUUCUAUUUUGUGUCUUUUUAUUCCAUCUGUUCGUUCUUGAUAAUCAAUUUGUUCGUUGCCGUCAUCAUGGACAACUUUGACUACUUAACUCGCGAUUGGUCAAUUCUUGGUCCUCACCAUUUGGACGAGUACGUGAGGGUGUGGUCCGAGUACGACCCUGAUGCACAUGGUUGUGUAAAACACGUGGAUAUAGUGACUGUUCUAAAGCGAAUCGCCCCUCCUCUGGGCUUUGGAAAAUUUUGUCCUCACAGAGAAGCUUGCAAGCGCCUUGUUACUAUGAACAUGCCGCUGACCAAAGAUGGAAUGGUAGACUUCAAUGCAACACUUUUUGGACUAAUCAGAUCAUCCUUAAACAUAAAAAGACCUGAAGGAAAAGGAUCAAUAGACAAAGCCAACGAAGAAGUCCGUAAUAUUAUCCUUCGCAUCUGGCCUAAAACGUCCAUGGAACUUUUAGACAAAGUAGUGCAGCCUCCCGGAGUGCGUGAUGACGUCACAGUGGGUAAAUUUUACGCCACCUAUUUGAUUCAAGAGUACUUCCGUCGGUUCAAAGCGAGGCAGAAGGCACAGAACCAAGCCAACGAACCCCAUGGAAACAGUACGAUGGCUCUACAGGCGGGACUACGAACGCUUCACGGCCUCGGACCACAGUUACGUCGAGCUAUUUCCGGUCAGCUAGGAAGUGACGACGAUGAGUUGUUCUUAAAAGAAGACGAUUCCCAAAAGGCGCAGCAUAAGGGAUUCUGGGAGAGUCUGAAAAGUGCAGUUUCAGUUUCGCCGCGUCACAGUUUUCGUCGUCCGGCAUCUUUUCGCUUGUCGGCUUUUCUGGGCAAAAAUGGAAGUGGAUUGGAGACAAAGAAAAAGAGCUCAUCUAUGUCUAAUCUGAGUGAAAAAAUGGCUACUACUAUGUUCAGUGAUCAGAAAUACCUCAUGCCUACUACCAGCACAUCGGCGGAUGAUAACGCAAACGUAAAAGAAGCUGAACAACCUCGCAUUGAACUUCCUUUACUACAUCCGGAUGAUACGGGCUCUUUCACCGCCAUAAAAGACCAUGCAGGUUUGAAGGCAGCAUCAAGCCUGCCGUUAAGUCCGGUAGAGGGUGAGUCACGUGACCCAAUUCCUUAUGUAAGACAGCGGAGUAAGAGUGAGGUCAUACCACCGUGGCUCGCUACGAGAGAAGUUGCACAUCUGGGACGUGAACUUCAGCGGAGCAGGUCAGCCAGCAUCAAAAACCUUUUAGAGAGUGCUUUUGUCGACGAAGGUGUCUCUAUCACUCUCGACGAUCCACUCCUUCGAGUCGCCGAACAGGAAAUUGCUGAAGCUUUCGAAGUGUCCGAGGAUGACUUGAACCAAGCCGCUGAGCGCAUGCUCGCGCAGAGCAGCGAUCUUGAGUCCCAUACGGAAGAGGAAGAGAUCGGCGAAGAUAAAACCAUGGACACUACUAGCAAUCCUCCUCGCAUUUCGCAUCGUUGGUCGAACGAGCCAGACGUUCCUAUAAUUAUUACCGAUCUUUGACGCGCCCGCGGAAACCGGCGAGAUUUAAUGUGAAAUGUAAUCCGUUACUAAGAGACGCACGUGCCGUUGCCUAGAGACGUAACAACAGGACGUGCUCUCUUUGGUGGAUGGAAAUGUUGCAGAUAUGCUAUUACAGUCAAGAGGGCUUCUAGGGUUAAGAUUUUAUCUGGAAACACGUCCUGAAUAGUCCCCAAUUUGUACUAAGUAUGGCUACGAUGACAUUUUAAAGGAUAGCCAACAGCAAAGUGUAAAAUAAUUUUAGACACAAUUGACUCAGGUAAUGGCUCUGUUUUUGAUAUUUUGACAAUAGCGCUUGGCUGUUGUUGUUUUUUUUUCAUUGUACUUUCCCGCUCAUCUGUGGUAAUAAUGGGAGAAAGAUUGCUGAGUCAGUGUUAUGAAAAAGAAUCGAAUUAGAAAUAGUGAGUUGAAAGCAAAAGGCGGGAUCCUUGUAGAAUGACUAUGAAUAUAUUUAUUGUAAUAUUUCGCUGUAUUGCUUAUGAUAGUGUUUUUGUGCGCAACUUUUAACUCGCUGCUUGAAAUCGAAUGCUGAAGUAUGUUUUUAAUUUCUUUGUAUGUAGUAUAAAGCAAUUUUUUCUGCAAUGUGCCAGUUACAGGCCGAAAUCUAAAUGCUGUUGAGCUUAAUUUUCCUUUCCACGUCUAAGAGGGGCAAUUUUCAAAGCAUUAUAAUUUAAGUUUGCGUGUAUACGUAGUGCAACAAUAGUUUUCAUUAAUUAGAUCUUUCUUUCAUAAAAUUGCGAAUCGAUUUAAAUUAUCUUGAACAUUUUUGUCUAUGUUUGUUAAGUUAUGAUCAUUCAAAGAAAUUUAGUUGAAAAAAUUAUUUUUGAGGAACGGAAACGUUUAGAAGUGAAUUGAGAUUUUGAAAACUUUUUAAAAUCUCAAUUCAUUCUUAGAAGUCCAAACAGCCAUUUACAAGAAAAAGCUUUCAAAUUAUUUUUUAUAAACGUUUUCUUCAUGAAGGACACAUACCUUUAUUGUCUAGAGACGGCUUUCAAGGCUCUUUUUGUUGGUGUUGUUUUUUUUUAUUUAUUUGUUUUGUUGUAGAGUUUGCAGCUCUGUUUCUCAACACAAGAUUUCCUAAAGAGAUUAUAGGAUGGAAAAUCGAAGCUCGGUAAACAGGUUUAUCGUAAUUAUCCGCCAUUAUUUGCCCUCAAAUUCACCCAACUGACCAAAUACAGAGUCAAUUGGGGGGAAUUUAACUUGGCGCUUAAGUUAUGCAUUCUUGUGGUUUGUUUAAAGCUCAUCGGGCCCUAUAAUGCUUUUAAAAUGAUUUAUGGAUCUCGCUGAAAUCCCAAUUUUUAAAGGAAUCCUGGAAAAUAUUUUCGAAAGAACUGACAGUUUGGUCAUGUUACCCCAAGGCUGUGCAAAGUAUGAAUUUAGCGAGGAAAGUUCUCAUGUCUUCCAGUCUUUUUCAUUCAGAAACUCGAUGUCUACAUUUCUGAAAAAAAGAAUUGGUCUUCAAUUCUAAAGUGUAACACUUGUGGGAAGAUAUUUUUGUAGCAUUGUAUUUAAAACCAAGCCGAAUCAACGGAAGAUGUAGGUUAGCUGUUAUCGUAAAUUUUUUUAUCGUACCGUAUUGUAGAAAGAUUUGUACUUGGUUGUAAAUAAAGAUUUUAAUUUUAUAAAGAAAAGUUCACGCGCCUGUAAGGCUAUAUAUGAAGAAAAGGCUGAAAAAAUAUGAGAAGUAAUCUGCAAAUAAAGAAUAUUUUGUACGCAAA